GCGAGUGGAAGGUAUAGGGACGAGUACUCCAUUCAGGCUUCUUCCAAGUGGUUUUUAAUGGAACUCGCAUUAGAUGAAUGGAAACGAAGGAAAGUUUAGGGUAGAAGUUUUUGUACGUGGUUAGGAAGAUCAGUGGGAAUCGAACGCGGUUAGUGAGAGAGAAAGGUAUAAGAAUCUCCGAGUACUCCAUAGCGUCGAGUCUUGGAAAUGAUCUUCAAGUGUAACCUAAUGAACGAAAGUUUACAAUUAGAAAUUUCUCCAAGUCUUGCGCGGGAUGCUUUCGAACCUCUCGAAAGAGAAAUUAAUUAACGUAAUCUGAAAAGGCCACGUAGAGAGCAUGGAAUCGUGUAUCCUCUUAAGAAAUUCCUCGGCUGUGAAUGCUAUCGCUUCGGUGACCCGCGGCGCCUUAAUUAUAUUCGUAUAACCGUGGACGUUAAGUACCACCAAUUUCGAAAUAGUUGCUCGACGCACAACUAACGUACCGAGUGAAAAAGUGAACGCGUCGUUCGGUCGCCUGGACAAACAGGAAAGUGGAGUGCGAAACACCUGCGAGUUAAUGCAAAACACCGAGUGGUGUUCCAAGGUCGACAUGCCAAUUGACGAAGACCGGAGGGUAAAGGACAGAGCGAGGUGGUGAUCCUAGAAAUUAGCCGACCGAGCAAGCAGUUUAGCUGCAAACGAUGUCGUCGAAGCGUCGAAGCUGAGGGAACCAUCGAAUCGGGGGUACAGGGUGGACCCUGAAAGAAGAAGGAUCGACAAAACUAUCCCACAUCGUGGAUAUUCGAAAUUUCACCUGAAAUUGCGCAACGAAAUCGAGAUGGAAGAGUCGACAACGUCCACGAUUCUGCUCGUGGCGAAGAUAGGAGCGAUGGUUGGUCUCGGCUUCGGAUCCUUGAUCCUUGGAAUGCUGCCUCUGAUAGUCGGACGAUACAGGGUGAAUCAUCGCCAAAAACGACACCGCGGCAUUUCCAGCAAUUCCAGUACUUGCACGUCAACGUCGGUUUCGAACGCGUUCUCCUCCAGCGUCAAUUCCGCCUCUGCGACCACUGACUCGCAAGGCCUGCACACGUCGUUGCUGCUGUGCUUCGGUGGUGGUGUUCUCUUGUUCACGACGUUCCUGCACCUGGCACCGGAGGUUCGCGCCAGCGUGGAAAGACACCAAGCCAAUGGUCAGCUGCCGACUCUGGGAACGUUGAGUCUGUCCGAGUUGCUUUUCUGCGGCGGUUUCUUCCUCGUGUACCUCGUUGAGGAGGCAGUGCACGCAGCGUUGACGGGGAAACCCGAGUCCUCCGAGGCGUUGCUGUACAGAACGGUCUCUGUGCGCAGAUGCAACAGCCAGGCGGGUGUGUCAGCGGCCACGUCGACGGGCUCGACCACCACGGUGUCCACCACCACCAGGUCCACCUGGAGGGAGGACAACGACGAGUCCCAGGACGACGAGUCGAACAAAAGGUCCAAUCAUCACCUGGAGGACCUUCGCGACGGCAAACACGAGAAGACUCUGCCAGCGAUAUUCGUUUUGUCCUCGCCGACGGGGCUAUCUCUGUCCGACCGUCGUCAGGAGGACUCGGACUCGCCCAGAACGAAGCAUCGCGAGCACAAGCACGUGAUGACGAAAAACACGUCCGUCCAAGGGCUGCUAACAGUGCUGGCGCUGUCUUUUCACGCAAUCUUCGAGGGCCUAGCCGUGGGACUGGAGCCCUCCAUAGGGUCCGUGGUUUAUCUAGCCGCGGCCAUAGCCACCCACAAGCUAGUGAUUUCGUUCUGCGUGGGAAUGGAGCUGUACGUGGCUGGUGCCUCCACCAGGACCACACUGGGAUACCUCACGAUAUUCUCCAUGGUCACCCCUAUCGGAAUCGCCGUAGGGUUGGCCCUGGGCCACUUCAAGAACGACAGCGAGAAUCUAGGCCCCACGCCCACGAUACUCCAAGGAAUGGCGGCGGGGACGCUGCUCUACGUUGUCUUCUUCGAGGUCCUCGCACGCGAGAGAGCCAACGACAAAAGCGGUCUGCUACAGUUGACCGCUAUUAUCGUUGGGUUCAUGCUGAUGCUGGGCCUCCAAAUCGCCACUGCUCAUUCCCAUUCGCAUUCCCACUCGCACGGGGGUCACACACACGUCCACGAAGACGAGCAUAACCACGAUGCCGAUCACGAUCACGAAUUGGAUUCCCACGAACAAAAAUCGAACGCAACCAGCCGACGAAUACUCACAGAGACCAUCGAUAGGGUAACAGAGAGCAUCGCGGAAGCUGUCAGCAAUAUCUUGUCCUCCUCGAUGAAGAAUCCCACUGGUGUCUUUUCGAAGGACAUCAACGAAACGACAAUAACGCACACGGACCGCAGUUAGAAUUGGUUUGCGCGGGAAACAGAGGUACCAAUAGUUCCUCCCUGGGAUAGGAGUCUCCCGAUUGGUACUUACUUUCGGGAAUCGAUUAAUCGUGCUACUUAGAAGGGGAUGUUCGAUUAAAAAGUAGAUGCUUCGUGCAUCGAUUCUUUCUUACAGAAAAACCCAAAAUUUUUCUUCACGAAAAAUGAAAGAUAAAAAAAUAGAGAGAAAUAGAGUUCACUCGUGAAGUACAAAUAUAAUAAAGCUAUAUUUUAUCGUUUCAAUUUUAAUUCUUAAGAAUAUGUCUUUUAUUUUAACCGUUUUUUUUUUAAAUUCUUUGGACAUGGUGACAUCUAUAGAAUGUAAAUUGAAUCGUAGUAACGCUACAUGAAAAUUCUAUAAACAUCGAACCCCCUGGUUAGAAUACACCCAUAGUUUCUUGGAAACCGUUCGGUCGAGAAAAAUGGCGGUAAAAGGAUCUCGAUCGAAGGAGGAAGGACAGUAUUACGAAACGUUUGUUUCGAGACGCGAGAAAAAAAUAAUGGGAGCGUACACGAAAACUUUGGAACGAGAUUACGAUUCAACGUAAGUUGAACUAUUAAAUCGAGUAAACACUGUUAAAAUUAUUAUUCGAAUCGAAUUUUACUCGUUUCUCGUAUGCCGAAGUGUCGGUAUGUAAUUCGACACAGACAUUUACCAAGUAUUAUAGAAACGCGUGUAAAAAUCGUAUUCGAUGAAACUGUUGCCAAUAUCUUUAAGAAGGUACAUAUAAUACAUGUGAUACGGUUCACGAGUAGAACGUGCGAUCGGGUUGCUUUAUUUUUUUAUGUAACAUAGACUGUAUGGAACAUCCAUAUCGAUUGCUACUUUUUAUACUGUAAUUAGGAAAGUCCAUUUUAAUUGUUUAUAUAUUUAAAUACGUGCAUAUAAAAUAGGCAUUUGGCAUGAUAUAGUAGCGGAAUGAAACGUAUAUUUUGCGAUCCUAGUUGUUCCAUUUGCUGAGCGAGACUAGCAUAAUUUCGAUAUUUCGAUAUUUACAACUUCCCAUUUGUGUUACCAUUUUCCUACCGAGCUAACGUUCGUCACGUGUCGUCAGGAAUGGUAACACGCUAUCGUUAAUACGAAGACAAUGGAAGUCGGAUCAUAACAUUGGGAAACUACAUUCUACGACUGUUUGCAAUUCCAUUCGUGUCGCGUUCAUCUUUUUACUCGUAGGUAUACAAGUUGCAUAUCAGCGUGACAGGUACAUGGCUACAAACGUAUUUCGAUAACAAACGAAACAUAUUUUUCCAGUCAAAGAAUCGAUUUCUAAAUAGAAAAUUAUAUUUUUUCAACGCAACAAACUAAUCAUGAUACGAUAUACAUACACGCAAACAGUAAACAGGAAACCACGUUAAAUAUCGCUAAAUUAUUGUAACAUUAAAAUAGGGGUUUUUUCGUAAAAUAGCCAGAGUAUCUACUUCGUACCUGUCGAUAUUUCUACGAUCUUGGACUAUGUAUAUGAAAUAAUCAGCUAAAUCAUAGAGCUUCUAUUCUUUAGAGAAUAAUUGUUGCGUUCGUAACUACAGUCGCACAAACGUGAAUUACUCUUGCGUGUUUUGAAUGCUUAUUGUCGCAUCUUUAUUAUUUAUUAUCAUUUUAAAGGCAGUAUCGUGUGAGUGCUAUUACGUAAAUAUGUGGUACGACUGGUAUGUAUAUAAAAUUUAUCCAAGAGCGAAUAAUAACUGCACACGGUAUCGUACAAUUCUAUUUUGUCUACUAUAAAACUUACUAAUAAAAUAUAAAACUUUGAUAAGAAAA